AUGUUGGCGUGCCUGCGCCGUAGUGUGCACUUCCCUCUCAUUCCUCACCCUCCUCUCAAGUCUCGGUUAAGCUACAGCAAUCACCGCGUGUUUUCCAGCUCCUUUUCCCACCAGAACCGCCUUGUAUGUCGCUCCCUCACCUCAUUAACAACCGACAAACCGACCCCAGAGUUGCCGACGCUGCACGGGAAGGACCUGCUAAGUCUCGUGUCAAGAGCGAGAGACUCGCACCCUUUGGACUGGUCUGAAGGUCCUGGGGUCGCCGAGGAGACGGAUCAAUGGGACCUCAUGGACCCGCACUACGACCUCACCACGGCCAAGCUCACCAAGCUCUUCUCGCUCUUCCAGCCCAAUGAACACGGGAUGGUGUCGUAUGACGGGUUUCGGCGGGGUUUACAAGCGAUGGGGAUUUCGUGCGAGAAUGAGGACGAGUUCAAGGCCUUUAUCGGCCAGGUAGACGACGAUAAGAGCGGCGGGAUCACAUACGAAGAAUUUCUGUAUGCGAUCCAGGAGAUUAAACUGGCGCAGCUCUUUAGUCCGGACUUUGUGGAGGCUUUGAAUCGAGAGUAUGCUAAAAUGUACGGCUCCAAUGUCCCAGUUGCUAGACUGGGAUCGAUUGAGUACUCGCCUGAUCGCAUCAGAAGUGCGUAUCCAAUUGAAGGGGUGGAGAAGUUCAUGUACUCGAAACGACCGAACUGGGCGAGUGUCCGAUGGAUCAACGUAGAGGGAACGGACCCGCUUAUGAUGCGGAGUGGAAGAUACACUGGAUUCCGAUAUUGA